GACUUCUAAAAAGCAAAGACAAAAAAGAUUCAGUGAGCAAGUAAGAAGAUAACAACAUGGAAGAUAGAAUGUCAAUGUCAGGCUUUUGUUUUACAAACAAAGUCCGCGGUGGGGGCGGUCGCGGCGGUGGUGGCAGUGGUAAUAAUUGUAGCACUGGAACUAAGUGCGGGCGUUGGAAUCCAACUUCUGAACAAGUUAAAGUUUUGACUGACUUGUUCAGGUCUGGACUCCGAACCCCAAGCACUGAUCAGAUUCAGAAGAUUUCUUCUCAGCUUAGUUUUUAUGGCAAGAUUGAAAGCAAGAAUGUAUUUUAUUGGUUUCAAAACCAUAAAGCUAGAGAAAGGCAGAAACGUCGAAGAGUUUCUGUUGAUGAAAAUAAAGAUACUAUUCGUCGCGAAGAUAAUCCUUCUUCUUCUGCAAGAUAUUUUACAGAAAUAAGUCAAGUUACUGAGCCGGAACGAGUUCUUGAAACUCUUCAACUAUUCCCAUUAAACUCCUUUAGUGAAGGGCAACCAGAGAAGCUUAGAUUUCAAGGAAAUGAUCAAUAUAAGGAACCAACUUCUUUUUCCUACACAUUUGGUACAGAAAUGGAUCAUCCACCUUUGGAUCUUCGAUUAAGUUUCCUGUAAUGUUUAGGGUUUAUUAGCAAGAAGGGUAAAAUGUUCAAAAAUGUUGGUUAAUUAAAAAUCUUAGAUGUAUUUUUUUUUCUUAUUAAAUUUUAGAAA